AUGGUAGAUGCGGCUCUGUCGAUCACCCUUCUCGGCUUAUCUUCUUCUGGAGCUCUGCGUUUCUUUCAAGUCUGGAUAUUUUUGUCUGUGUUUCCUACUCUUAUUCCGGCUGAAUCUGUAAAUCCGAAGCGGCCCAGAUACGCUGUGGUGCAUUACCAUCUUCCUCCUCCCAGCAAAAGCCGAAAAAUGGCUAUCAUGAGAAAACCGGCCAAGCUCGCACAAACCGCCGUCCUCAAACAAAUCCUGAAAAGGUGUUCGAGCCUGGGCAAGAAAAACGGCUACGACGACGUUCCUAAGGGUCACUUCCCGGUUUACGUGGGUGAAAACCGCAGCAGAUACGUAGUCCCCAUCUCAUUCCUGACGCACCCCGAGUUUCAGUGCCUCCUCAGACGCGCCGAGGAAGAGUUCGGCUUCGAUCACGACAUGGGAAUCAUCAUUCCUUGCGAAGAAAUUGCUUUUCGCUCCUUGACCCAAAUGCUCAGGUAG